GGCAUCUGCGCCGCGUGUCCCACCGCCGCCGUGUCCCCUCUCCCCACUCGCUCUGUCGCCUUUCGCCUCUCUUGCUGCUCCACUCCUCCACCCACCCUCGUCGUCUUCUCGCGCUGCGUGUCGCCCUCGUCGUGCGCCUGGGUGACACUGGGACUGGGCUGGCGAGGCGAUGACGAUGAUGCUGCUGCUGCUACUGCUGGGGGCAAGUGCGGGCGUGCUGGUGCUGGCGGCGCCUGUGGAGGAUGAGAUCUCCUACCUGCCCGGCCUGGCCAAGCAGCCGGCCUUCCGCCACUACUCGGGCUACCUCGACGCGUCCGGCACCAAGCGCCUGCACUACUGGUUUGUGGAGUCUCAGGGUAACCCCUCCAAGGACCCCCUCGUGCUGUGGAUGAACGGGGGCCCCGGCUGCAGCUCCCUGGAGGGGCUCAUCACAGAGAACGGGCCCUACCUCGUGCAGUCAGAUGGAAUCCACCUCGAAUACAACCCAUACUCCUGGAACAUGAUCUCCAGUGUGCUCUACCUUGAGGCCCCAGCCGGAGUGGGCUUCUCCUACUCGGCCGACAAGAACUACACGACCGGCGAUGACCAGGUGUCCAUGGACAACUACCUGGCGCUGAAGAGCUUCUUUGUAAAGUUCCCGGAGUGGAGCAAACACGACUUGUACCUGACGGGGGAGAGCUACGCGGGCUUCUACCUGCCCACCCUCGCCGUGCGCGUCAUGGAGGAUCCCAGCAUCAACCUCAAGGGACUGGCAAUUGGGAAUGGACUGAGCAGCAUUGCUACGAAUGACAACUCCGCCAUCUACUUUGCUUACUACCACGGCAUCUUUGGAGCAGACCUGUGGGCCCUCUUGCAGCAGUACUGCUGCUCCCAGGGCAAGUGCGACUUCUCUUCUUCCGAGAGCAAGCAGUGCAACGAUGCGGUACAGCAGGCGGCUCGCCACAUCUUCCAGGGGGGCCUGGACCCCUACAACCUGUACGCACCAUGUGCGGGCGGAGUCCGAGCUCCCAGGCAGAAUGGCAGCAAGCCGCUCGGUGCAGAUCCUCGCCGAUCCUUGGUGUUGAGGAAGCACGGACUCCGACUCCACCAGCGAGUGAUGGAGCGUGGAGGCCUCAACAGCGACUCACCAUGCACCAACACCAGCACCAUGGCCUCGUACCUGAACAGCCCCUUGGUGAGGAAGGCGCUACACAUCCCUGCAGUGCUACCGCCUUGGGAGGACUGCAGUGAUUUUGUGAAUCGUCACUUUGUGUGGCAAUACGAGGACAUGCGGAAACAGCAUCUCCGGCUCCUGGGAUCCCUGAAAUACAGAAUCCUCUUCUACAAUGGGGACGUGGACAUGGUCUGCAACUUCCUGGGGGAGGAGUGGUUCGUUGAGUCCUUGCAGCAGAAGGUGACCGUGGAGCGACGGCCUUGGCUCUACAAGGAUGGGGGCAGCAACCAGAUUGGUGGCUUCAUCAAGGAGUUCCAAAACCUUGCCUUCCUCACCGUGCGGGGUGCGGGCCACAUGAGCCCGAAGGACAAGCCGCUGCAGGUCUUCACUGCAUUCUCCCACUUCCUGCACAAUCAGCCCUACUACUGAGGGGGGGAGCGGCGGCGGCGCUUCCUGCUGCUCUGUGGCCUGGCUUCUGGCUUCCUGUGCCAUUUUUACUGCUUUUCUCCCAUUAGUUGUAGCAGUCACAGAUUUGCUCUGGUUCAUGCAUCGGUAUGAGAUUUUACUUUCUGAGCGUAUGGUUAUGAGCAGGGUAAUUGUAUAGUUCAGUUCUUAUCUAUAGGACUAAUUACAACAGAUUAUAGAAUUACAGCAGAUUUUUGGAUCAAACUAGGUGAUGUGACGGGGUGGCUUUAAAGUGCUAUUGUUUCUAAAAUCUUCUGUUCAAUAAUCAACAUUUUUAAAGUGACUUUUACGUUGUGUUGUGAGUGCGACAGUGUCGGGGUGCAUUGUUGGUCAUUGUGCCAAAAUAAAAUGAUGAGACAGGGAUA